UCGCAGCAGGGGUAAAGGGAGCGGACGGGAAGCGAUUUUCGCCGACUCUGGAUUCGUCCCCGGCGUGCGCAAGAAUGGCGGCCCUUCCCGGCACUGUACCGAGGAUGAUGCGGCCGGCUCCCGGGCAGAACUAUCCCCGCACGGGAUUUCCUCUGGAAGUGUCCACCCCACUUGGCCAAGGCCGGGUCAAUCAGCUUGGUGGGGUCUUCAUCAACGGGCGACCCCUUCCUAACCACAUCCGCCACAAGAUAGUAGAGAUGGCCCACCAUGGCAUCCGGCCCUGUGUCAUCUCCCGCCAGCUGCGCGUCUCCCAUGGCUGCGUCUCCAAGAUUCUCUGCCGCUACCAGGAGACCGGGUCCAUCCGGCCUGGGGCCAUUGGCGGCAGCAAACCCAGACAGGUGGCGACUCCGGAUGUGGAGAAAAAGAUAGAGGAGUACAAGAGGGAAAACCCAGGCAUGUUCAGCUGGGAGAUCCGAGACCGGCUGCUGAAGGACGGGCACUGUGACCGCAGCACUGUGCCCUCAGUGAGUUCGAUUAGCCGCGUGCUCAGAAUCAAGUUCGGGAAGAAGGAGGAGGACGACGAAGCGGACAAGAAGGAGGACGACGGCGAGAAGAAAGCCAAGCACAGCAUCGACGGCAUCUUGGGCGACAAAGGCAACCGUCUGGAUGAGGGCUCGGACGUGGAGUCAGAACCCGACCUCCCUCUGAAACGUAAGCAGCGCCGCAGUCGGACCACGUUCACAGCCGAACAGCUGGAGGAGCUGGAGAAGGCCUUCGAGAGGACUCACUACCCGGACAUCUACACCCGGGAGGAGCUGGCGCAGAGGACCAAGCUGACGGAGGCACGAGUGCAGGUCUGGUUCAGUAACCGCCGUGCCCGCUGGCGUAAACAGGCAGGAGCCAACCAGCUGGCAGCAUUCAACCACCUUCUGCCAGGCGGCUUCCCGCCCACCGGCAUGCCCACGCUGCCCCCCUACCAGCUGCCAGACUCCACCUACCCCACCACCACCAUCUCCCAAGAUGGAGGCAGCACCGUGCACCGGCCCCAGCCCCUCCCGCCGUCCACCAUGCACCAGGGGGGCCUGGCUGCGGCCGCUGCAGCCGCGGACACCAGCUCUGCUUAUGGAGCUCGCCACAGCUUCUCCAGCUACUCCGAGAGCUUCAUGAACCCGGCAGCGCCCUCCAACCACAUGAACCCUGUCAGCAAUGGCCUGUCUCCUCAGGUGAUGAGCAUUCUGAGCAACCCCAGUGCGGUGCCACCGCAGCCCCAGGCCGACUUCUCCAUCUCUCCGCUGCACGGCGGCCUGGACUCUGCCACCUCCAUCGCGGCCAGCUGCGGCCAGCGGGCUGAGUCCAUCAAGCCGGGAGACAGCCUGCCCACCUCCCAGUCCUACUGCCCGCCCACCUACAGCACCACCGGCUACAGCGUGGACCCCGUGGCUGGCUACCAGUACGGCCAGUAUGGCCAGACUGCUGUUGAUUACCUGGCCAAAAACGUGAGCCUCUCCACACAGCGUCGCAUGAAGCUCGGGGAACACUCGGCUGUGUUGGGCCUCCUGCCCGUGGAAACUGGCCAGGCCUAUUAGGGCCCCUGGGGCGACUCGCGCCAGCCCAAGUCCCAGCCUCACCCUUACUGAUCCCUGAGCCUCCCAGCUGCCGUCCCUUCAUCGCCCUGGGGUCCCAGGAGGCCAGGAAAGGAGCCCAUUCCCUUCUCGUGGCCAGCGCUCUGGAGACGAGCAGCCUGUCCACCAUUUGCCUGUGAUUAGGGACCUGGAGUGAGCCCCUUGGAGUCUGCCCCCUCACUGUCCCCCCAGGAGGGUCUCUGGUCAGCCUGCAGUCUUCCCCCAGCCAAAUCCUGUCGUGGCCUCUGUGCCAUUCCAGGCACAGAGAUCAAAGCUCACCCUGAACAG